AUGAUACAGACCGACUGGUUCACAUACGAGGGUGAACGCAGACAGAUGCGCCGCCACCCAUCGCUCCAGGAUCAGGUUCUACAUGUGCGUACCGAAUUUGGGAUUCCGGUCACAACAGAGGUGUCGCUACUCGUCGACUGGGUUGGGCACGUCUUUCCCGCAACGAAUGAGACGUUUGAUUCGCUAUCCCUCGGCUCUUCUUGUCUGCCUUGUCAAGAAUUCAUUGUCGCGACGUCGCCAAUCGCCGCCGCCACGCUCACCGUCGCCACGCUCAAGCACAAGGCUCAUCUCGACGCAGGGACUAGGUCCAAAGCACGCCGCCUUUCCACGUUUCUGCGGCCCUCGUUCUUCUACAUCCGGAAAGCUGUGCAAAAGGUUAGACGUAUCAUCAUUGGAAGGAAACCUAGGCCAAACCGUGUAUAUGUGGUGGCUAAUCAACAGUAUGACAUCGCGAGCAGCUAUAUAAGAAGCAACCGAACAUUCUUGCAGCAACUAGAGGACAAUCUCAAGACUCAGACGCAGAAGGCUCGUAAAGGUGACCACCGUGUUCUCUCGACAUCUUAUCCUGAACAUGUCGAAGUGAUUGAAGAAGAAGAGGAAUUCCAAUUUGAAGAGGCAGAGACCAUCCAUACGACGUCGCAAACGAGCAUUCAUACGGUACACUUUGAUCAGGACCCUGGUAUUGACCUUCGAGUAUCACGUUUCGAACAAGGUGUGGAACCAGAUAUUCUAAGAGACGAGGUCGGGAAUGGUUCAGUGUCUGAAGGAGUGAAGGGUGAGAUGUUGAGCGAGUUUGGGAUGCUCGCUUAUCCGGCGGCGUGA